CGUCAGGGGGCGCGGGGCAGGAGGUCGGGUGCGGCGGCCGCCGGUGUCGGCGGCCAUGGAGCUGGGCGCGGUGCUGGAGGCCGUGCAGGGGCACGGCGGAGCCGCCGAGGCCGCGGAGCGGGCCCUGCUGCGGUACAACGAGGAGAAUCGAGCCGUUUUCAGAUUUGAUCCAGCAGAUGAAGAUAAAAGAAAGAAACUAUGUGAGGGAAUUCUGAACAUUCUGGAAAAAGACACAAAAACCUCGUGUCAAACUGCCUGUCUGGAAGCACUGCGGAUUCUGUCCAGGGACAAGAAGGUUCUGGUGCCUGUAACCACAAAGAGGAACAUGCAGAUCCUCGUGAGACUGGCAAAGCUGGAUAUUGUGGAAGAUCCUUUGGAGCGGGUGUCCGAAUUUCCUGUUAUAGUAGAAGCUCUAAAAUGCCUCUGUAACAUAAUUUUUAACAGUGCCGUUGCACAGAAGCUCAGUUUGGAACUGAAUCUUGCAGCCAUGCUCUGCAAUCUUCUGAAAAAAUGCAAGGACCAACAGCUGGUUGGUGACAUUAAAUGCUUUGAUUUGCGUCUUCUCUUCCUCUUGUCACUUCUGCACACAGAUAUUAGAUCGCAGUUGCGGCAGGAACUACAAGGAGUGCAAGUUUUGACUCAGGCUUUGGAAAGUUCCCUGAAUGUAAGAUGGACAGGAGAAUAUAAAGCAGCAGAAGACCACGACAGGCCGCCUUUAUCUUUGCAAGAGACAAAUUGUGCCAUUGAGGCACUGAAGGCUCUUUUCAAUGUAACGCUUGACAGCUGGAAUGUCCAUAGCAAGAAUGAAUCUCAUCAAUUUCGUUACAUGGCUGCCAUCCUUCGGUACUGCUUAUUAACCACGGGCCCCACUGAAGACAAAACUGAAGAGUUGCACAGCAAUGCAAUCAACCUCUUAAGCAAUAUUCCCGUUUCUUGCUUGGAUGUCCUUAUUAAUCCAUCAUCCCAGGAGGAAACAGAUAUAAAAUACAAUGGUAUGAAUAUGAGAGCCAUCCAGAUUUUAUUGGAUUUCAUGGAGAAGAGAAUUGACAAGGGAAGCAGCUAUAGAGAAGGUCUGACUCCAGUUCUCAGUUUAUUAACAGAAUGCUGCCGAACUCAUAGGAAUAUCAGGAAGUUUAUCAAAGCUCAGGUACUGCCUCCACUAAGAGACGUAUCGAGUCGUCCAGAAGUUGGCACAACAGUGAGAAACAAGCUUGUGCGCCUCAUGACACAUGUUGACCUUGGAGUAAAGCAAAUUGCAGCAGAAUUUCUUUUUGUUCUUUGUAAAGAGAGAGUUGACAGCUUGUUAAAAUACACAGGCUACGGUAACGCGGCAGGAUUAUUGGCAGCAAGGGGCCUGUUAGCAGGGGGAAGAGGAGAUCAUUGGUACUCGGAUGAUGAAGAUACAGAUACGGAAGAAUACAAAUCUGCAAAGCCCAACAUUAACCUUAUCACUGGUCACUUGGAAGAACCCAUGCCUAAUCCAAUGGAUGAAAUGACAGAAGAACAAAAAGAAUAUGAAGCUAUGAAGCUUGUCAACAUGUUUGAUAAACUUUCCAGAGAUGAGCUUAUAAAGCCAAUGGGAGUGCGGCCGGAUGGCACAAUGGCUCCUUUGGAAGAAGCAGCCAGCCAGUACCACACCAAUAAGCAAGACAGUUCAGAUUCAGACUAAAGCAUCACCUGCUUCGCUCUUGAUUCCCUAAUCCGCAUUUUCCUUAGAGCCACGGCAUCUUUUUAUCAGAGCAUUUUAUCCUCACGUUAGCCAGCGUCACUUUAACUGUUCAACUAUUGGGAUAUUUAAAUGAUGGAUCCUGUGGUGUAAUGUCUGCAUUUUUAUGAUGUCUGUUUAAAGAACGCGUAUUCGUUUGAUCUUUAUUAAUUUAAGACUAAAUGUAUUUCAAAGGGAUAAAAAAAGUGAAAGCCUACAACAAAAAAUGAAGUGUAAACAUUUUAAUUUUCCAGAAUCCUGUUUUCCAAAGUCUGUAGGCUUUCCCAUUCUUUAUACAUUUUUGUAUUGUCUUCCUUUUUGCCUUUGUAUAAUUCUAAUUAAACAUGCAAAUUUGCUUAAUGGCAUUAGGAGCAUCAGAAGGAAAACUUAGAAGUCGGACUGACCUUGCAAAGCUGCUUUAGCUGGCAUUCAGCAGUGACUUCAGAGCUUCCCCUUUUUACAUGUCGUGGGAUUUCCUACCACUACACACGUCUGUGGUUAAGCUGCUGCUUAAGAUUUUACCCAUGUGUCAGUCACUGACUGCUGCUAAAACUGCCUUUAAAUUGGGAACAAGAUGAUGUAUGUUGUUUGUCCUCCCCCCUCCAUGCUAAGACCACACAAGUAUUACAACUGCACCACCACCCCCCCGCUCUGGUUAAAUAAAAACAUCCCUAUUCAAAACAGCAUUCAAGUAUAUACACUUAAAUGUUGCUGUGAAUAGGAGCAGAGUGAAGAGAAGUCUAUGUGUGAGUGUUUUAUGGAAUUGGGGCCUAAUGGGAGCGCUUCACUUGAAGGGAAGUCAAACUACUAAGAAAGAAAUAGUUCCCUUUUUAGGGGAAGAUUAGGAAAUGAUGGGAUAGAGAAUGGAAAGGUGGGAAGGAGAAGAAAGUGUAAUUUUCAACUGUGUACUCUUUAAAGAUUAAAGUUGUAGUUGUGCUGCACUGUUGUUGCUUCUUUGUCUGCUUGGUUUCUUUAUUGGCAUGUUUCUCCUGGUAGGAAUUUUCUGAACAAUAAUCUAUAUUUCAGAUGGUAAUUCCUUCUUUUUGCUCAGAAAUGUCUACGUUGUAUUCUUGAGAACCUCCGGGAAGCUGAUGAAGGUGUUUCCAGUUUUUGUUUCCUUCAACUUGAUGCUGGUACCCUGCACUGAAGAAGGUGGUUUUCAAAGGCCUCUUGAAGGAAGGAGUUUGUAUGAAGCCAAAACCAGGUUUUGUUUUCCCAUAUGAGGAGCUUCCACAGGUGUACUUAUCUUUCCAGAAGAACUGAACCAACACACUGCCGUCUUCUCAGCAGUUUUUUCCCAAGGAAAGCUAUGUGACCAUAGCUAGACCUCUCCGUUUUCCUUUCGUUAAAAGGGACUAUUGUCACUAAUUCUGUAUAUUUGUAAACACUGGCAUCUUUCUGAAUGUUAUAAUAAUUGAUGUUUUACGACUUGA